UGAUAUCUGAUCAGUAUACUGAUCAGAGUGAAUGGGGUGCAUAUUCAAUCGUUACUUUUUUUUAAAGGAGAAACGUGGUUUUUGUUUGGGUUGUGAGCUUUCUGGAAUGAUGGCUAGAGAUUUUUACACAUCUUGGAAGCUCUGUGGUCAGGAUUUGAUUGUGUGUGUGCUAAGAUGGGCAGUCAUUGAUUAUUUUGGAGGGAAAAUUACUAUAUCGUCCACUUAUCCUACUACGUUUGAGCUCAAUCUUUCUAUCCCAGAAGUUGAUGAUUUCUUAGAACAAGUACGUCUUGAGUACUAGACGAUGCUAUGCUUCUGUUUUGGUUUCACUUCUUGGAUCAGCUAUCGGUCGUUUUUUUUUCUUAUUCAGUAGUGUAUAUGCAAG